AUGGGAGGCCCACGAGCAACGGCCAACAGGUACAACUUCGCCGUCGCCUUCUUCGUUGCUCUUGGCUCCUUCACAUAUGGCUUCAACUCUUCGAUCAUUGGGGCUGUAAUUGGGCAGCCUUCGUUCUAUACCUACUUCGACUUCACGCCGGAGACUAGCUAUGGCGGCAGUAUCAUUGGUGCUUCGAACGGUGUCUACGCAGGAGCAGGUGUCAUCGGCUGUUGGACUGUCUUCUGGCUGCUCGAUAUGCUUGGCCGCAAGCGCGCAAUACAAGUAAUUGCCGUGAUCUGUAUCGUGUCUGCAGCGAUCCAAGCCGGCUCCGUCCAUAUCGGCAUGUUCCUCGUCGGAAGGGGACUGAACGGCCUAGGUGUCGGGUUCAUCAACUGUGCCGUGCCUACCUACAUUUCAGAGAUCAGUCCACCUGGUCAGAGAGGUCGGAUCGUAGGAAGCCACGGCUUCAUCAUCUGCACCGCAUACGGCAUCGCAGGUUGGUGUGGAUUCGGCACCUACUACGAAGACAACCCACAAAUACAGUGGCGACUGCUCGUGGCUCUCCAGAUUGUUGCGCCGCUGCUGCUGUUCAUCGGAAGUCCUUGGGUCCCAGAGUCUCCAAGAUGGCUCAUCAACAAGCAAAGAGACCAGGAAGGCCUCGCGGUGCUGGAGAAGCUCCACGCCCAUCCGAACGAUCCUGAUCAUGCUUCUGCUAAAGAGGAAUUCCUCCAAGUGCAGCGACAGCUGGCAUUUGAACGCACGCAAGAGAUCCCGAACUUCUUCCAGUUGGUUGUUGGGAAAAAGUACAGGAAACGCAUGUUCAUUGGGUUCUAUGUGCAAGCCAUGGCUCAGAGUACUGGUGUAUUGGUGGGUGAUCCAGAUUCCUCCUACUAUGGCAAGACUGACCACAGAGCGAAGGUUAUCUCCAACUACAUGGUCCUAGAACUCAACACUCUCGGAGUGACAGGCUCGACGCCUCUACUCGUGCUCGCGUUCUACAACAGCUGGGCCGCUGUGCUCAACUACAUCAAUGCGUUGCUGAUCGACCGCAUCGGCCGCAUUAGGAUCAUCACGAUCGGCUUGACCGGCUGCAUCGUCUGCUUAAUCAUUGUUACAGCAUUGAAUGCCCAGUUCGCCGGUACCGACAACAAGGCCGGGCAAGCUGCGGCGAUAGCAUUCAUGUUCCUUUUCGUAACAUUCUACGGAUUUGGGAUCGAUGUCAGCAGCUACGUCUACUGCACUGAGAUUUUCCCGACCCAGAUCAGAUCAAAGGGCACCGGCUGGUCUGUCAGCGGUCUUUUCUUGAUGACCACAAUCUACACCACAGCAGCUGGUCCGGCUUUUAAUGCCAUCGACUGGAAAUACUACCUCGUCUUUAUCAUUGUCACCAGUUUGAUGCUGCCAUACGCGGCCUUGAAGUUCCCAGAGACCAAAGGCCUAUCGUUGGAGGAGAUCGGAGCGCUCUUCGGCGAUGAAGUGGUCUUGGACUACAACAACCUGUCCGAGGAGGAGAAGAAGGCGCUGGACGAACGUGUUGCGGCGUCCACCGACGCUGCUAUCAUUGAGAAGGGAACUACAGAUGACAGAUCGUCGAAUGAUGAAAAGGCGGGUGGAAACAGCGUGGAACGCUUGAGUUGA